AUGACUCAAGGACUGUUAAAGGCGGUUGUAUGUAUGCGAAUAUGCACGGGACUUUUUCAUGCUGUGUUCAACCGGUUGAAUGAUUUCAUGCUAUCAGAGAGUAAGAAAGAUCGGAAAUUUUCUUGCGAUUUGUGGUUUUUGGUUUUAGGAAUCACUUUGUUAUUUGAAUUUGAUAUUGGGGCACUCGAGGCUCUGUGUGUUUCUUUGAUUGGAAGUUAUCCGAUUGGUCUGACAAUGGGAAGUACUGCCGGCAACAAAACUGCUCUGGUCGAUGGGACCGGAGGUUUGGAAACAACAAUUGAAAUAAAAAUAAAAACAUUGGACUCUCAAACCUAUUCGUUGAGAGUGGAUAAACAGAGAUUUCCUCUCUGUGUUUAUGGUUAUGAGCUUUUGAAUUAUCCUUUAAGAAUCAAAAUUGAUACACCAUAUACAUCAAAGAUGCCGGUUCCUGCUUUGAAGGAGAGGAUAGCUUCUGUUACUGGUGUUUUAUCAGAACAACAACGUUUGAUUUGCCGUGGAAGGGUUUUAAAGGAUGAUCAGCUCCUCUCAGCCUAUCAUGUUGAAGAUGGUCACACCUUGCAUAUGGUGGUCAGGCAACCCAUCCCACCACCAUCUGAUGGAUUUCCUAGUAAUCCUGCAAGUGAUACUGCCGCAGAUUCAGCUUAUGGUCAUGGGACUCGCAUUGGCCCAAGUGUCGUAAUCGAAACUUUCAGUGUCCCUGAUCAUGGGGAUGGAGUUCCUCCAGAAAUUAGUCGGAUUGUAUCUGCUGUUCUUGGUUCUUUUGGAUUUUCAAAUGCUAGGAGUCGCAGUGAAGGGGUUGACUCCAGGGAUCGUGAUCCACGACCAGGAGGUGCGAGUGUCGUGGCAGAUGCAUCUCAGUCACAACCUGAACAAGCUAGCGUGAGGGGUCAGUCUGGCAGAUUACAUACAGCUUUUGGACUUCCAACUGCAGUUUCAUUGGGGCCUCUACCACCUCCUGUGAUCACUGAUUCUUUGACAACUUUGUCCCAAUAUUCAAGCAAUUUGAGGCGUGAAUUUGAUGCAAUUGGCAGGGGUGUGGGCAACAAUGCUGAAGCAGCUUCCUUGCAUAGGACUGAGGAAAGAGAUUCUAGUUCCACAGCACAUCCUGGGAGAGUACAAGAAGGGCUUCCAACACCUGCAUCCUUGGCAGAAGUUAUGCUGUCAACAAGACAGUUGCUCAGAGAGCAAGUUGGAGAGUGCUUCUUGUGGGCACUUCGUGCUGCUAUGGUGAAGUCAAAGAGGUUGUAA